AUUCAGGUCCGGGAGCAAAUCCGUCUCCUUCCACGGAGCGGGAGGGACGGGAAACUGUGGCGGCCAGGGAGAGUGUGUUAUAAGUAAAGGCAACGUCAGGAGUGAUUUUGAAACAGCUGCAAAUCGGCUCACUAUUCCCAGUCAGAUUUUUGAGGCUGAUAGCAGAGAAGACCAGUCCUUGGAGAAUGGCUGCUGUUCCGCCCCUCGGUAGACUCUUCAGCGAGGUGACCUGCUCCAUCUGCUUGGACUUCUUCCAAGAGCCGGUCGCCCUGGAGUGCGAUCACAACUUCUGCCGGCUGUGCAUCUCGCGGAGCUGGGAGCGGGGCGAAGCCUUCUACUCCUGCCCGGAGUGCAGGGAGGUGUUCAAGGAGAGGAGGCUGAAACCCAACCGCAUGCUGGCCAACAUCGUGGAGGGCGUGAGGGAGCUGAAGCUGGAGCCCCGCCAGGGUCAGCCUGCCUUCUACUGCCAGCGCCAUGAGGAGAGGCACAAGCUCUUCUGCCUGGAGUGCCAGUGUGUCAUCUGCGUGGUUUGCUCGUGCUCUAGUGAGCACCGAGGCCACAGCAUCAUCCCCAUCGAGGAGGCUUCGGUCAUGUACAAAGAAAUAUUGGAAAAAUCCAAAGAUUUCCUCCAGGUCCAGAGGGAGCAAGCAGGUCAAAGUCAAAGUCAACAAGAAGCAAAGAUUUGCAAAAUCAAGGAGAAGGGCCAGUUGCUAAAGGAACAGGUUGAAGCCGAUCUGGCCGGCAUCUACCAGUUCCUGGAUGCGAAGAAGCGGGAACUGGAGGCGAAAAUCGACGAUGAGGUGUGCAAGACCAUUCAGCCCUUGCAAGAGGACCUGGCGAAGGUCUGCCAGGGAGCCUCCGAGAUCGAGCAAACCAUCCAGGAUAUUCAGGUGCAGUUGAGCUUUGGGGAGCCCCAGGAGCUGCUUCAGGACAUCAAGCAGCUGUUGGACAGGUGCAAGCAGAAACACAUCGCGCCAGUGGACAUUCCCACUGACCUUCACACUGAUUCCAUUAUCACACCUUUCCGCUACGUUAAAAUCUGGGAUGAACUUAAAGCACUUGUACCAGCCCGUGAGGUCCUGAAGCUGGACGCCAGGACAGCCCACCCCCGCCUUGUCCUGUCUGAGGACCUCUGCAGCGUGAUAGACGGCGAGAAGCGGCGGGACUGCGCGCUGGGCCCCCAGCGCUUCAACUACUGGCUGUGCGUCCUGGCCGGCAGCAGCUUCCAGUCGGGGCGUCACUACUGGGACGUGGAGCUCGGAGACAACCGCGCCUGUGUCCUCGGGGUGGUCAGCGAGUCGGCCGACCGGCUGAUCACCGGGCCGCUCACGGCGCAGGGAGGCUACUGGGUGCUGGAGCUGACCGACGGUACGCUGGUCAACCUCGGCGGGCCAGGAGCCCGGAGCCUCCCUCUCCGCCACAAGCCCCGCGCCAUCCGCGUCUACCUGAGCUAUGAGGAGGGGCAGCUCUCCUUCUAUGAUGCCAACAGCCUGUGCCACCUCUACACCUUGCGGGACAAGUUCACACAGAAACUCUUCCCGCUCUUCAACCCCCACAACAAGAAGGAAGGCAGCUGUGAGCCACUCAGGCUGCGUAACCACAUGCCGCACUGACAUUGACGUGCCUGGAAAGGUGUCCGUGGGGCUGUUCUUAAGGAGCAACUCCUCCCAAUGGAAUUCUAAGACGGAUAAACGAAACCCGAGAUUUUUCCCCUUGACUUCUGACCCUUGGCAUUAAGCAUUAAAAAUGCUGGUGACAAUGAGCUGAAGACCGUUGUCCAACAGGUGCUUAGAUCGUUUCUUUGCCUUCACAGACGCUGCUUGACCGGCUAAGUCCCUCUAGCAGUUUGUAUCACGUCAGCUGUUGUUGCUCCCCUCCUGAUAGGAUUGCAGGGAGAUUUGUAGAGUUGGGGCAUCUGAUGCUGGUUGUUGGAGGGGUAGCCUGUGAAUUUUGUGAGCUUUGGGGGUGAUGGGGGGCACAGUCACUGCCACACUAUAGAACAAUUGGGGCUUCGGGUGCAACAUGAGAUUGAAUCCCGAGGCCCAUCCUAGGCACCUCGCUUCAGUGUCGCUGCUGGCAAGAGCUUCUCCAAGGCAAAGAACCUCCUAAACGGUGUCCACGAUGCGUUAUGUCGAACUGGUGAGCCUCAAUCGUAUUGGAAUUCACCGAGCAGCUGCAGAAUUCACCAGUAUGAAAAGGUGCAAGACGCCUUGCCAUUGAAUGAUGGUGUGACUCAUCCCUGCACUGGUUGAAGACAUGAUGGAGACAGGCGUGGGUCCCAUUUAUUGCAGCUCUUAUUGCAAUUGCUGCUGUGGCAAAGCUUUGCUUUGAGCUGUGAAGCACUUUUGUUGUUUUAAGAGUAUUGUUAAUCACCUUAAAAGGCCUUCUGUGAGGCAAACUGAGGCAGCUUUUAACAACUGUGUAAGGGAAAGUUACUGGAUCCACAAUCCAAUCUGAAGUUGCUGUGAGCAGAAUUGUUUGUACUAUGCCGUUUGGGGGGUGGGGGAGUAUGUGUGGAGAAUGGUUCUUGUAAAGUUAAAUAAAGUUUUCCUGCCAAAUAUCA